CGGCUCUUGUAAUUAUGGACCAUAGCCUCAUUCCUGCCCUCCAUGAGCUCAAAGUGGCAUUACGCAAGUAGAUGGAUUGGUGUAUAAGUUAAAGGAUGAGUAUAAAUGCUUAUAGCGAUAUUGCCUAACUAUUCGGACAAAAGUAUACUAUGCAGUAAUCACGUAUAGGAACUUGGGCCAAAUUUCCCCUGGUCCAAUUACAGGCAUGAAGACCGGGUGCAUUGCAGCCUUGCUUUAGCGCGUUCUUGCUUCAGCUAGGUAGCUACUGGCCUCCUGGAAGGCAGCUUUUAGCCUCGUCAUCAGCUCUCCCAACCAACAGAAAGUGAACCAAACGAUCCUACCGCCCAACUUCACCCGCAAGAGUUAAUUAUCACCGCAGCUGCAUAGACUCACGAUAAUUGACAAGUUAUUCCAAGAUUUGAUCGAGCACCCGGCUUCCCAACCAUGCCGGGCUUCGACUUCUCAAACUACAACCGCAAUGCGGCGCUUCACGCCCGCGGCGUGCCUCUGCCCAAGGCGACCAGCACAGGAACAACGAUUGUGGGGUGUAUAUAUGACGGCGGUGUCGUGAUUGCCGCCGACACCAGGGCAACGUCGGGCCCGAUCGUGGCCGACAAGAACUGCGAGAAGCUCCACUACAUCGCGCCCAACAUCUGGUGCGCGGGCGCAGGCACUGCGGCGGACACGGAGUUCACCACGGCGCUCAUCUCGUCGCAGCUGGAGCUGCACUCCCUCUCGGCGGGCCGCAAGCCGCGUGUCGUCACCUGCAUGACCCUCCUGAAGCAGCACCUGUUCCGGUACCAGGGCCACAUCGGUGCCUACCUCGUGGUGGCGGGCGUCGACCCGACCGGCACCCACCUCUUCACCGUACACGCCCACGGCUCGACCGACAAGCUGCCCUACGUGACCAUGGGCUCCGGCUCGCUGGCCGCCAUGUCCGUGUUCGAAACGCAGUGGAAGCCGCAGAUGACGCGCGACGAGGCCGUCGCCCUGUGCUCCGAGGCCAUCAAGUCGGGAAUCUUCAACGACCUCGGCUCCGGCAGCAACGUCGACGUCGCCAUCAUCACGCCCGAAAAGACCUACCUGCGCCGCAACUACAUCCGCCCCAACGAGAGGGCCCGCAAGCUCGGCAACUACGUCUUCCCCAAGGGCACCACCGCCGUCCUGAACGAGAAGAUCAUCCGCAAGGGCGACAUCGGCAACUUUGUCAGCGUGCACGAGCUGCCUGCCACCGAGGUUGUUGGGGGCGAUAAGAUGGAGGUCGAUACGUAGGUGGGGUGAGAGAAGAAAAGAAGACGAGGCCACC